GCUCCACACAGAUUGAGCUCAGCAUCGGCAUUGUGCUUCUGCAGACAAAACCAGACUACUUUCUUUUCCGUUUUACACUUACAAGUACACCCCUUUCAGUCAAACUCUAAUGGUAUUUAUGUACGAAGUGGAUACUUCAUCCGUGUUUGUAAAAAUCAAUCUUUGUCAUCCGUUUUUGUACGUGCUUCUACUUGAAACGUUCAGGAGAGUAAAAUUAAUAUCUUAGGUUUGUUUGUCAGCGCAUUGCCGGAUGUGCGAUGUUUGAGUACGAUGCAGUUAACAGACGUGGGACGUCUUUUUCAUUUAGCAAAUGAAAGGAUCUUGCUGUUCGCAACCAGCUCAAUGUGUUUUUGGAGAUGCAGACAAAGCAAGAAGCUACGUAGCGCUACUCUAGGCAUACAAGCAAUUAUGGCUUAAGAUCCCGAAAACACUGGUCAAAAUCAAGAUUAAUGACAAAUGAGUGUUGCAGAAUGAAACACAAAGAAAAGAAUCUGAGGAAGCAGUAAGCCUUGCAAAGAUCAAGACAUUACAACAAUGAGGUUCAAAUAUACAAUAUCCCUGCUCUUCAUAGUGGCACUGGUGAUCAUUGAAAAAGAAAACAACAUUAUUUCAAGGGUCUCCGAUAAGCUCGCCCAAAGGCAGACUCCUCAGUCCCCACUGCCGUCCAAUUUUUCAGGCCUUGCCCUGCUUAAUGGCUCCUACUCCUCUCUUAGCGAGCUGGACUCUGCAUUCAAACAUAUAAAGAGACGUCUGGAGAAUUACACCAAGCAGCUGGACAAUCUACAGGGUGGGAAGAAGCACAUCAUCUUGAUGGCCACCACUAGGACUGGCUCCUCGUUUGUUGGCGAGUUUUUCAACCAGCAAGGCAGCAAUAUGUUCUACCUGUUUGAGCCACUAUGGCAUGUGGAGAAAAUGCUAACCCUGGAGACCGGUGGAACUAAUGCGUCUGCUUCAGCUACGGCCUACCGAGAUGUACUCCAACAGCUCUUUUUGUGUGAUUUCACCCUGUUGGAGAGUUUCCUUGAGCCCCAUCCCAAGAAUCACAUCACCACCACUCUGUUCCGUAGGGAGUCUAGCAACUCCCUGUGUGAGGAACCAGUGUGCACCCCAUUCGUCAAGAAGGUCUUCGAGAGAUAUUACUGUAAGAUCAGACGGUGUGGGCCAUUAAACCUUACUCUGGCCUCCGAGUCAUGCCGCCAAAAAGAUCACCGUGCCAUCAAGACAGUUCGGGUGCGUCAGCUAGAGACAUUGCGGCCACUUGUGGAGAACCCCUCCCUAGAUGUCAAGCUUAUCCAGUUGGUGCGUGACCCGCGAGCUGUCCUGGCCUCGAGGAUGGUAGCCUUUUCUAUUAAGUACAAGAAUUGGAAGAAAUGGGCUGUGGAUGGGGAAGUUCCCUUCGAUGAUGAGGAAGUAAAAAAAUUAAAAGGAAAUUGUGAUAAUAUCAGGGCGUCUGCUGAGCUGGGCUUGAAGCAGCCAGAUUGGCUUCAACAACGGUACAUGCUGGUGCGCUAUGAGGACAUAGCCAGAUACCCCAUGCAGAAAGCAGCAGAGAUGUACAGGUUUACUGGGAUCCCGUUCACCUCUCAAGUGAAACAAUGGAUCCUUAAAAAUACCCAAGCUUCAAAGGAUGGUGGUGUGUACUCAACUCGGAAAAACUCAUUGGAGCAUGUGGAGAAAUGGAGAUUCAGUAUUCCAUUCAAAUUGGCCAAAGUUGUGCAGCGGGUCUGUGGAUCAGCUAUGAAGUUAUUCGGGUAUAGGAUUGUGCAUAAUGAAGCUAUGCUAACUGACAAAUCUAUCAGCUUGAUCGAGGAAAAGAAUUUUAAUCAGAAAAAAUAGAUGAUCAUGGACUUUCACAUUGAUUUUAAUCUAUGACAAAGUGGUGUUAGGCUGACAAAAGUUUGAUUGUUUUAUAUAUUCAUGGUUUAAUGUCAAAUUAUGGAGAAAGAAUAAUGAUUGUUACAGGUUUUUACAUGAAUCAAACAAGGGAGACAAGGAAUCAAAGCUGCCUUAAGAUGAAAUCAUUUUACUGAGAUUUUGUCUGAAUUACUAGUGAAAAAAGUACACUGAAUAUAUUUGUAAUGGUAAUUUAAUUUAAAUCUGCGGCUCAAUGGAAGGAGGUAAAGUUGUUUUUGUAACCAAAACCUAAUCUUGAAUUUCAGUAUAUUUGAAUAACAGAGAAUCUUGCUGAAUUUGCAGAUGCCAUUAUUUAAAAUGGACAGUUAGAAAAUCACAAAAUAUCAGCAGUAAUGUAGCUGUUUUUGGGUGAAAUCCUGGUUAACAAUGGUAAAUUAUAUUUUUCUAACUUAUUUAAGGGGGAUCCAAAGGUAAUGUUAUGCCAUUGUAAGUAUAAAGAGAGAGUAGAAUUUGUUUUUAAUACUACUUAAACAAUCUGAAAGUCCACCUUCCACACAUGUGGAUUAUUGCUGGUAUGUGAGCAAAAAAAGUUUUGCAUGUCCAAAAUGCUGUAGACUACAUGGAAAACAGGUAUUUCUGGAGAUACCGUAUGCACAAGAGACCUUUCAUCUGCAGCUGGUUUGCAGCGUUGUUAAAGGUUUAUCCUGUUCUUCUGUGUUUAGCUAGGUGACUAAAGGACUACACUGUCUUCACUGUUUAAUGUUAUUAAAAACUGACAGUUAUUUGGUCUUAUUCAUCUUUAUUAUGGGAAAUAAAAUGUCAUCAGGAA